CAUCGUCUGACAUGUCUCUGCCGACGGGCGGCCUCCGUCGUCGUCCUCUCUGUACCUCGCCGCGACGCGACAGCACCGCUGGUCGACAGGGUCGGCGACCCGGUCGCCGGGUCGUCCACGGCGAGCGCGCCCCACCCCCUGGACUCGAGGCAACGGGAUACUGUUGAGUAGGACGGCGCACCAGUCACCCGCACCGUCGCCGUCCUGAUCAACGCGCCGCAAGUGUGACUGCUAGUAUGGCCGCGCCUUCAGCUGGGCAUGCACGCCGCGGCCUUCCUCGCGUCGCAACUUGAUUGCUUCCAUGGAGUUCUUCUCGGAUUCACAUCCUUCCGUCCAUGGCGUGUCAAGCAUACGUAUACCCUUCAGCUUGCUAAGACCUCCAAUUUUUCUCUGAACACAUAGCCUCUUCUUCCUCCUCCCAGCACCAGCAGCAGCACAUCGUCAGCAGUUCAGCACACACGCCGAGAUGCGUGCAUGCUGCUAGCUAGCUCCUCUCUGCCGACCUCUGCCUGGCACAGCCACAUGCUCUCUCACCGGCCACCGGCCAUGACUCCCCUCCACGUAGCACUGGCUGCGCUCGUCGUCUUCUCCUUUUCGCUGCACACCGCGGCUCCAUGCUCCACCGCGACCGCAACCGGCGACACGCUCGCGGCAGGCCGGACGCUCGCCGCCGGCGACAAGCUCGUCUCGAGGAACGGCAAGUUCGCGCUCGGCUUCUUCCGGUUCCGGCAAAGCACCGCCGGUAACUCCACCGGCGGAACCACCACCACCACCGUCUCCUCCCGCGGCUGGUACCUCGGCAUCUGGUUCAACAAGAUCCCGGUAUGCACCACCGUCUGGAUCGCCAACCGGAAGAGACCGAUCGCCGAGUCCGAGCUCAACACGACGCAGCUCAGGAUCUCGCGAGACGGCAACCUCGUCAUCGUCUCCCUGAACACCACCACCGAGUCCAAGCUAUGGUCCACUCAAGUUGUCAACACCACAGACAGUGUCAGUGCCCUUCUCAACAGCACCGGGAACCUCGUCCUCGUACCAGCAACCCCAUCAUCCAACGGAGCGCCGCCGCCGCCGCUGUGGCAGAGCUUCGACUACCCGACCGACGUCGGGCUUCCCACCGCCAAGAUCGGCCGGAACAAGCUCACCGGCUUCAACCGCUCCUUCGUCUCCAAGAAGAGCCUCAUCGAUCCGGGGCCCGGCUCCUACUCCAUUGACGUCGGCAUCGACGGGGCGAUGCGCCUGACGAGUCGCAGCUCCCCUCCCGUGGUGUACUGGUCCUGGCCGGCCGGAAGAUUAGCACAGCUUGUGCAGGCGCUCGAUGGGCUGAUGGACUCGGAUCCACGGACCAAGGAUUUGCUGAAGCCAACGUUCCGAGAUGACGAAGACGAGGUGUACUUCUCCUACACCAUCACGAAUGACUCGGCUGCCGUGUUCGUCCCGAUAGACAUCUCCGGUCAGCUCAAGCUGAAUGUUUGGUCGAAGGACAAAGAAUCUUGGGAGACUGUGUACGCCCAGCCUUCUGAUUUCUGCAUUGCGCAUGGUGUCUGCGGGCCUUCCACGGUUUGCAACGGCAAUUCAGCCCCGUCAUUGUUCUGUGACUGCCUGGAGACCUUCUCCCGGAAAUCGCCUAGGGAUUGGGAGCUCGGUGAUCGAACGGGAGGGUGUGCAAGAAAUACUCCCUUGGAUUGCGUACCUAGUAGCAACGGAAGCAAGACAGGUUCGACAGAUGUGUUUCACCCUAUCUCUCGUGUGAAGCUGCCCUUUAAUCCUCAGACAAUAGAGGAUGCUACCACGCCAAGCAACUGCGAACAAGCUUGCCUCAAUGACUGCUCCUGCACCGCUUACUCCUAUAGCAGUAGCAAAUGCUCUGUCUGGCACGGGGAAUUGCUUGAUGUAAGUCUGGACGAUGGCAUUGCCAUUACUGGUCAAGAUGUCCUUUACCUUCGCCUGGCAGCCAGAGAUUUUCAAAGUUUGGAGAAGAACAAGAAGAACAAACGAAAACCAAGAGCUAUUAUUGCUGCAAGCAUCGUUAGUUUCGGGUUACUGGCGCUCAUACUGUUGUUGGUGGUUUGGAGGAAAAGAUCCAAGUGGUUCAAUGUGCCGUUACACGACACUCGAGGUAGUGGUGGAAUUAUAGCCUUCAGAUACAUCGAUUUAGUCCGUGCUACUAAAAAUUUCUCAGAAAGACUAGGAGGAGGUGGUUUUGGCACUGUAUUCAAGGGAGUGUUAAGUGAGUCAACUACUAUUGCAGUCAAAAGGCUUGAUGGUGCCCGCCAGGGAGAGAAGCAAUUCAGAGCUGAGGUGAGCUCAAUCGGAUUGAUCCAACAUAUCAACCUAGUGAAAUUGAUUGGCUUCUGCUGUGAAGGUGAUAAGAGGCUACUUGUGUAUGAGCACAUGUCAAAUGGGUCUCUUGAUGCCCAUCUUUUUCAGAGCAAUGCAAUCAUCCUGAACUGGAGCACAAGGUACCAAAUAGCCCUAGGAGUUGCUAGAGGGUUAUACUACUUGCAUCAGAGUUGUCGCGAAUGCAUCAUACAUUGUGAUAUUAAGCCAGAAAACAUACUUCUCGACGCAUCUUUUGCUCCUAAAAUUGCAGACUUUGGGAUGGCUGCAUUUAUAGGAAGGGAUUUUAGCCGAGUGAUGACUACAUUCCGAGGAACGGCAGGGUAUCUUGCCCCUGAGUGGCUUAGCGGAGUUGCUAUUACACCGAAAGUUGAUGUUUACAGUUUUGGUAUGGUAUUGUUGGAAAUCAUAUCAGGAAAGAGGAACACACAAGAAGUAAACAGUAAGAGCAGUUAUAAUGUUGCAUUUUUGCCGGUGCAGGGCAUCAGCAAGCUUCAUGAGGGGGAUCUACAGAGUUUGGUGGAUCCACAAUUACAUGGUGACUUUGACUUAGAAGAGGCUGAAAGAGUUUGCAAAGUUGCAUUUUGGUGUAUCCAAGAUAAUGAAUGUGAUCGGCCUACAAUGGGUGAAGUAGUUCGUGUUCUUGAGGGUCUCCAGGAGCUUGAUAUGCCCCCAAUGCCAAGACUGCUUGCAGCUAUAACAGAGCGCUCUGAUGCAGCUUUGUUGUAAUAAUAUAUCUUGCAGUCAGUAUUUAUUUUUGUUUUUAGCAAAUUUGAAAGUUGUACUAUCGCGGAGCUAAAGGAAUAAAAGGGCAAGCUUGCAAUUUAUAAUACA